AUGCUGCGUUUCCUACUCAAUCCUUCUCUACUUGUUUUGGUUCUCUCCUCCCAGAUGUCUGCUCUAGGCGCGUAUCCCCUCUCAAGCUCCUUCAGUAGCAACCUGGAAGUAGCAUGGCGAAGAAAAACUCCACCGAGAUCUCUGAAGCUCUCCCAGAGGAGAAUGCACGUCGUGUCGGUGUUUCCGAGCCAGACCAGCGAUCCUCCCGUGCCGAGCUCCGUCACCUACAAGCGCAGCGCCGUCCAGAGCCACUUCGAGUGCCAGACGACACUGGAGAACCUGGGACUCAAGCAGUUCUCGUCCAAGGUGUCGAGAACUCUCGCCACAUCCAUGGGAGUUUUGCCCGGCGGCGCCGACCCGGCAACCGCUACUCCAGUGGGAGUCUCAUACGACGUCACCAAAGAUAAAUCCGGAGACUUGAAGCUGAAUGGAAUCGUCAAGACUGCUGUUUGCGUGCUUUGUGACAGCGUUCUUCUAUCUCGGACUCCCGUGGAAGAGCCAACGGAGCCGUCCAUUGGUGUGGUGCUCGGCGAGGAGCCGGAGCCCGGCGAGCCCGUGCUGGACAUCGACCUGGACGACAAGUUCCACUUCCCGGACGAGGUCAAGGUGAUGGAUCUCUCGUCUUAUAUCCGUGACACUGUCCAUUUGGACGUCCCUUACUUCUCCAUUUGUAGCUCCAUCUGCAAGGGGCUGUGCACGCGCUGUGGCCUCAAUCUCAACACUUCCGAGUGUACUUGCCGUGACGAUUCCACGGACGACGACGAGGUCUUGGAGACCAAAUGA